AUGAUCACUUGGCUCCUCCUGUCCGCCCUUUUCCUCAGCACCAAUGCCUACUUCAUUCACGUGGACGCGAACGAGGAGCACUGCUUUUUCGAGAGGGUAUCAUCAGGCACCAAAAUGGGCUUGAUGUUUGAGGUGGCCGAGGGCGGUUUCCUCGAUAUUGACGUCAAGAUUGUCGGCCCGGACAACAAGGAGAUCUACAAGGGUGAGCGGGAAUCUUCUGGGAAGUACAACUUUGCCGCGCAUAUGGAUGGAGCUUACACAUUCUGCUUCGGAAAUCAGAUGUCGACGAUGACGCCCAAGGCCGUUAUGUUCACCAUCGAAGUCAACUCCCCUCAUGCCCAAGCCCCUGGAGCCGCCACUGACGCUGACGCCGUUGAAAACCAGAAGCUCGAGGAGAUGGUUCAGCAGCUUUCUUCGGCCCUCACCUCCGUCAAGCACGAGCAGGAGUACAUGGAAGUUCGGGAGCGCGUCCAUAGGCAAAUCAACGAAAACACGAACUCGCGAGUCGUCUACUGGGCCGCCUUCGAAGCCAUCGUUCUUGUUUCAAUGACGCUGGGACAGAUCUGGUACCUCAAACGAUUCUUCGAAGUGCGGACGCUCGUC